UCUUACCACAAUUUUUUUUUUCUUUCUUGGAAAUCCAAUUUUGAACAUUAUUUUAUUUUCAAGGUAAGGGUUGGACUUGGACCCAUAUGGCCAUAGUCCGAACUAAGCAACUCCGGGUUCGGAUUUUUCUUGACCCACCCGCUUUCCAAAUUGCCGUUUUGCUCAUUGGGUUCUACUUCUCUUCAUUUUUGUACAAGCUGCGAAAGCAGAAGGCAAAGGAAAACGAAAAAAGGAAAGAAACUACAGCAAUCAUGUGGAGAAGAGCGUUGAUGGAGAGCAAAGCUUGCCAAUCAUGGCGGGUGAUAGCAACAAGAGGCGCAGCCACCGGAAGCGGCAAGCACGGCUCCAUGUCGGCAUCAACGGUGUCGGCGUCGGCGGCGGCGGUUGAUUCACUCUUGCUCCGUUCGCUCAAAGACCACUAUCUCGAAGUCUCCAAAAUGACUCCCCCUCCUAUUUCUAUGGUAAAUCUAAUGGGGUACAUUGAAGGGACUUCUGCUAGUAAAGUGAGCCCUCCUUCACCGUUUACUAUUAUCAAAGGUGGACUUGAUUCUAAUGGCCCUGUUCUCAAGCGAACCUAUGGCAAGGAGGAAAUUAACAUCUUUGUAAUGCGGCUGGCUAAUAUUAUUCGUGGUGAAGGUGAUGAUCCUGAGGAGGAUGGAAUUAAUCAGUUGUUCCUUCAUGUAGAUGUGUCAAAACCUGGACAGGAAGAAUCCUUACAGUUUCUAUGUGGAUUGUAUCCUGAUGCUCUUGGGAUCCACUCUGUUUCAAUGAGGCCAAAGCUUGACUCUUCAGAGGAUGUUGUGGUUCCAUCUAAAUAUAAUGGUCCUGUUUUCGAAGAUCUUGAUGAAAAUAUGAGGGAUGCACUUCAUAGUUUUAUCGAAGAACGAGGGGUGAAUGAGAGUCUCUUUCCGUUUUUACAAGCAUGGCUCUAUGUGAAGGAUCACCGAAAUUUGUUGCGUUGGUUCAAGUCGGUAGGCACAUUCAUUACUGAAAAAAAUUCAGUUAAUGAUACAAAACAUUGAUGAGGUGAUUUUAUGAAAAGAGUUAUCUAUCUUCUCCAAAUGGUAGAUUAAUCUUUGAGGAUCAAUGAAUAU